CGACGCACCAAGCCUUGCCUAUCGAGCUCACCGGCGUAGAUAACCUCAAGAAACCGACCUCAAAAACCUCUACAAUGGGCCUGACGGAAUACCAAGUUGUCGGGAGGCAUCUCCCCACCGAGUCUGAGCCGACUCCCAAGAUCUACCGGAUGCGUAUAUUUGCGGUCAACGAUGUUGUCGCAAAGUCUCGCUUCUGGUACUUCCUCAGGAAGUUGAAGAAGGUCAAGAAGGCCAAUGGUGAGAUCAUUGGCGUCAACAUCAUCUCGGAGAAGAGGCCCCUCAAGGUCAAGAACUUCGGUAUCUGGAUCCGUUAUGACUCCCGUUCGGGUACACACAACAUGUACAAGGAGUUCCGUGAGCUCAGCCGUGCCGACGCCGUCAAGUCCCUCUACCAGGACAUGGCCGCCAGGCAUCGUGCCCGCUUCCGGUCUAUCCACAUCCUCCGCGUCGUCGAGAUUGCGAAGAGCGAGGAUGUCCGCAGGCCGUACAUCAAGCAACUCCUCCAGCCCAAGCUCAAGUUCCCCCUCCCCCACCGUGUCUCCAAGACCAAGUCGAUCUUCGUCGCAAACCGCCCCGCCACCUUCUAAGCGCUCUCUUAUUUCGCUUUUUGGGCUUGAUGGGAUGCGUCGAGAGGUCGUGGAUGGGAGUUGCGAGGGUGGAGAGAUGAUGCUCAAAAGAUGCGGCGUGCCUGCUGUAUUAUGCCAUGUCGCGCUCCGACUCUUUUUCACAUGCCAAUAUCAUAUGGGAGCAUUAUGCACUAUGAAUUGGUUCACGAUCUUUUAGUGCGAAG